CGAGAGAGGCGAACGACGCUCUACAUGUGACGCUGCUUGUGGUACCUGCCUAUCUAUCGCCUACCUACCUACCUUUUCGCCAGCAUCGUCUAUUCCGCUCGAACGUGCUGUACCAUUCCUCUCCACGGCGCUUUCUCGGGCGCGUGCAUCGCAAGCGUGUAAACGCGUGAUCGUCGUCGAGCAGUAUGCGUGCCCUGUUGUUAGUAACCCUGUGCGGGUUGGUCCACGGCCAAUACUUCCAGGAGCCGGAGAAGAUCGUGAGCUAUUCGCGUGAUCUCGGCGACACCCGCGGUCACUACUCCUUCGCCUACGAGACGGAGGGUGGUAUCGUCCAGCAGGAGAGCGGCAGUCGCAAAUAUGCGGGCACCGCCGACGAGACGCAGCUUAUUCAGGGCUCCGUGCAGUACAACGCGCCGGACGGCACCCCCAUCGCCAUGAGCUGGACCGCCGACGAGUUUGGCACCCAGGUGUCCGGCACCCACAUUCCCACCCCGCCGCCCAUCCCACCGGCGAUCCAGCGCGCCCUCGAGUGGAUCGCGAAGCAGCCCACAACUCCGGAACCGCUCGAGAAGGACAACCCCACGCAGAACGCCGUGCCCCGCGACAGCCGCCAGUACAGAUUACCCUUGAAAUAAACGAAACUGAACUACUGCGCGCCUUCAGAGUAGCGAGUUCAGCCGCAUCACUGCCUAACCCUCCUGCCGCCCUGCACAAUGUGACGUCCAAUAAAUUUGUAUUUUUAUAGAAAUUCCUCAGACUUACUGUUUCAAUGGCUUGGAUGGAUCUUGAGGGUUAAGCUGCUUUUUUUUAUAGUAGUAGGUCGAUAUAUCGAUUGAGGGGUAGUUGCCCCUUAUAUAAACAUCGAUUUGUGCUCCUCGUACGCUUUAAGUAGUUCACGCGUGAUCUCAUUGUCGAGAACGCAGAUGACAUUCUUGAAAUACAAAGAUUUUUUAUUCUAUAAGUAUUUUUGUCUUCUGUCACUUUCUGAUCGUUGACAUUUUGAAAUUGGAACCAAAAUAGGUAAUCGUCUAAUAGUGUGAAUAUCCUUGACAUAAGCGCAUUUUAUAUUUGUAGAUACCUGUUCUUUCUCAAGUUUGGACAAUUUGCAAUCGCAGUCUAUAUGAAUAAUGUCAAUUUCAAAACUACAACGAAAGCAACUGUAUUAAUUUAUUUUUUAUACAUGCAUUAUCAUAAAAUAAUGUAAAAAAAUGAUUUUGUCCGGCUUGCUCCAUAAUCAUUAAUGUAGCUGAAUAAUAAUGUAGCGUGCUAUUUUACAAGUUAAAUUAUUGCCAUUCAUGUCCAUGGAAUUAUGUCUAGGACUUUUAUCUUGACAUAAUUCAAGAUUCAAAAUGUCAAAAGACGGAAUCGGUAUGCUGAUUUCGAUAUCAGGAUACUAAUUAUGAAUACCACUAUUUGACGAUAUGCGUCGUCUUCAUAAAGUAAAUGGAUCGUAAAAAUAAGUUCUUGAGAGGAACGUCGCUUCGUGCACGAAGAAAUUUGCGCACCAAACUUUUCGCAACUUUAUAGCGUCCCGACGCUUUACUGCCUCGUUAACGCUCCUCUCG